AUGUGGAUUUUUGGAAGAAAGGGGCCGUCAGGAUUCUCAUCAUCCACAGCAGCUGAGGAAGUUACACAAGGAAUUGAUGGCUCCGGCCUGACUGCCAUUAUCACAGGAGCAUCCAGUGGUAUUGGAACAGAGACUACCCGGGUCCUUGCCUUGCGUGGUGUUCAUGUAAUCAUGGCAGUACGCAAUAUGGACAGUGGUAGAAAAGUUAAAGAAGCUAUAAUUAAGGAAAUUCCGGAUGCUAAAAUUGAUAUUAUGGAACUUGAUCUUAGUUCCAUGUCUUCCGUUAGGAAUUUUGCAUCAGAAUAUAACUGCUCGGGUCUUCCUUUGAACAUCCUCAUAAAUAAUGCAGGGGUUAUGGCUCCACCUUUCAUGGAAUCUGAAGACAAGAUCGAAUUGCAAUUUGCAACUAAUCAUCUAGGGCACUUUCUUCUAACAAAUCUUUUAUUGGACAACAUGAAAAAAACUGCUCAUGAGAGCCAGAAAGAAGGAAGGAUUGUCAUUGUUGCAUCAGAGGGUCAUCGGUUUGCUUAUCGUGAAGGAAUUCGUUUUGAUAAAAUCAAUGAUAGAUCAAGUUACUACAGCAUUCUCGCUUAUGGACAGUCAAAAUUAGCUAAUAUAUUGCAUGCUAAAGAGCUUUCAAGGCGCCUGAAGGAAGGAGGAGUUGAUAUGACUGCUAAUUCACUUCAUCCCGGAGCAAUUGCCACUAACCUUCUGCGCCAUCACAGUUUCAUUGACGGUGUGGCCAGCUGGAUUGGAAAGUACGUGCUUAAAAGUAUUCCACAGGGAGCAGCUACGACAUGCUAUGUUGCAUUGCAUCCACAGGUGAAGGGAGUGAGUGGCGAGUAUUUUGUCGACAGUAAUAUAGGUAAACCAAGUUCACUGGCCGGUGAUGCAGAAUUGGCGAAGAAAUUGUGGGAAUUCAGCUUGAGUUUGACAAAAUCCGAGUAG